AGUUAGUUUAAUGCGAGAUUUCAAGCGCUUAAGUUUAUCCGUUUUUCGGCUUGCCGUAACAAAAGCGAAGUCAAAAAUUUAGUUCAUGUUUUGUAUAAAACAAAUAAAUAUAAUUUUAAAUAUGUUUACCAAAAUAUAUAAAUAAAUAAGAAAAUAAGUUUUACCCUGUUCUACUUUGAGAGUUUUGAUACUAAAACAAUACACAUGUAAACCAGAAAUAUUGCAGUAAAAGUAAAUAUUGCGAAUUUAGGAGAACCUCUGUCAACCAAAAAUAAUAAGUUUUACUUAAUUAAAAAAAGAAAAUAACGCAUUCUUGCUUAAAAAUGUACGACGGUAGCAUAAAUUAAAACAUACUGAGCAAUGCACGAUUUCAAAGCUAAUCAAUAAAAUUUGCGAAACCUGCAGGCUAAUAACCUUUACCGGUGAUUAAAAGGUAUAUGAAAAAUAUUAAAUAUUGUAAGUCCAAUAUAUAAUUCCUCACUCAAUUAAAUUAACACAGUUAAGCAUUUCCUUAUAAAAAGUCAGUAUAUAACUUAAAUAUGUGUGAAUAAGGAAAGCAAAAAUAAAUUUCUUUCAUUGAUUUUCGUAUUCGAAUUGCAAAAACGUGGAAACUGGGUAAUAAAUAUUAAUUUAUGUUGUCUUUUGCGUGGCAAAUGCUAAAAAAAUUGCGCUGCAAAAAUUUAAUCUAGGCUGUGAACUGAGUUGACUUUUUAAUUUUCUUUCUGUUGACGAUAUCAAAAUAAAAUUAUUUCGAGACUUUUAAAUCGGGAAGCAUAAAGGACGCAAAAGAUACCUUUUCAUCCACAUUCUCAAUACGAGACUGCAAGCCCUAAGAAACCAACACUCACGCCAAACGAAAAUGUGUAACAGCAGACGAAACAACCGUCUCAGGUUCAAUAGCCUUGCCAUUUUAAUUUGCUUGAUGUGCAGUGGCCUUGUCUGUACAAAUGCCGGAACCGUAGGAAAUGGAAGAGACCAUUCGUCAGUGUUAAGACUAAAGCGCGAUCUUUCCGCCAAACAGAUACUACAGGAGCAAACAAAAGACAUCAGCUCUACAGUGGAGCCAGUACCACCCGUGGUCGACCAUCCUCAAGGUCAGUGUUUGCUGGACGGUGUGCUUGUGAUGGAAACGAAUGUAACAUGCGAAAAGCAAGUGGGCUGUCGAGCCAUACAGAAGACAGGACAGUGUUGUCCUGAUUACAAAUGCGAUUGUCAAAAAGAUGGUAGAAUUUAUUUGAAUGGUGAUAAAUUAGUAGAUCCGGAAACACCAUGUACGGUGUGCUAUUGUCAAGGUGGUGAAAUACUAUGCAGUUCUGUGACCUGUUUUCAUCGUGAUGAUUGCAAGCCAAAGUACAUACCCGGGCGCUGCUGUCCGAAAUAUGACAAUUGUCCUGUUUCCAUUUUCGAUCCAAGUCAUAACGCAAACCAAUCGCACAAUCCAUCAUACGAAACUAAAGAAACAGUACCUCAAAAUCCGAAAAUCACUAUUAAAGAGAUCACCAAACCGAUUGAGAUACGCAUUACCGAUGAUAACAAAGCCAUACCAAUUCACCAAAUUUUCAAACCUCAAACUACAGCAAUUACUAGAGUAACAACGACAGAAUCAACAGCAAUAACUGAUGACAGCGCUGCAACGCAACUGACUGCUUCAACGCCGACGGCAAGUAUACCCGCCUUAUCAUCAAAUACACCAAUAAUAACAAUUGACUUGGAAGGCAGUAUCAGCAAUGAAAAUUCAUCAACAGUAACUAUAACCGGCUCCAAUGUCAAAAACGACAGCAACUCAAGCUUUGGCAUAGACAAGAACCGCCAAAGUCUAAUUCCACUGAACGGGGGCAUUAAUACUGGCGAGAGCUUAAAGCUUAGCGCUUCGGUCGCUUACCCAAGUACAGAGCACAAUACUGUUAAGAUAAAUAUACCACAAAAUGAUGCAAGCGCUGAAAAUAGUAAAAACGAUAGUGGUGAAGUUUCAGAGGUAAUGAUACGGCUUGAUGAAGACAAUAGUGCGAUUCCCGAAUUCGGAGCACAAGAACUACAACACGAUGCAUUCUUUAAUGAUUCAACGAAAAUAAAUAUCAAGCGUGAAAAUUUACCAACAACAGAACGAUCAACAUCAGCAGAGCCCAUAGACGAAUAUGGUUCCCCAGAGUUUUCAGUCGGUAACGGUGGUGGACAAAGUGGUGGUUCGCAGUCACAGGGUAGUUUUGAUUUGGAACCAGAAACAGCAGGCAGUGAUAAUGUUUAUCACAUUAUCUUGACCACAUCAGGACCACGCAUAGAUGGAAGCACUGACGGUUUUGUCAGUUUUAAGCCAAGGGAAGAUUUUCAACGCCCUUCCUUUGAGAUACAAGCUUCAGGUUCGAAUCCUCAAGUCGCCGUAGUACUACCGCCACCACAACUUUCAAAUUUCACUAAUUCACCACUGAAUAUGAAAAGUACGACCCAAGUAUUAGCUACUGAUUCGAAUUCUUCCUCACAUAACAUAUUCACAAGCACAGAGGAGACCGUAUUAUCUUCUAUCUAUACAGAAUCUCCAAAACAGUCUGCGGCAAAAGGUCAUCAAGCAGAGGAAGAAGAAACCGCUUUACCAGUAGAAUCAAAUCCUGCAUAUCCUUCACUACCCGAAGAUGAUUUUAGUUUGAGAGAUGUAAAUUUUCCGAUAAAUGAAGCCGAUGAUGCAGUGGAGGUAGACGUAAAGGAAGAACAGCGUAGUAUCCCAUUUGUUGUAUUUAGGUCACACAAACCCGUGGAGGAAGGUAGUGGUAAUGGUGUUGAAUUUAUGGAAGUUUCAUCUACGGCAACUUAUGAAGCAUGCGUUGACUGUACUACUGAAAACUUAUCAAAACUUUCAGCCAAGGUGGCUCUUCUUAUGAAUUCAGCUGAAGACCUAUCUGCUGAAACAUCUAUUUCUAAUAAUAGCGACUUUAUAUCUGAUCGUUUCUCACGUCUCGCAAUCAAUGCAACAAACUCUGAUUCCAACGAAUCAAUUGAAAUGCAAUUGUCUAGUGAAUUGGGUAGUGGUUAUUCAGGGGAAGUGGAUAAGAAGCUUGAGAAAAGACGUGAAUCAACUACACCUCGUCCAAGACCAAGCUCAGCAGUGGCUAUAGAUAUUGAUGAGCUGAGUGGAAACCCUUCCGGUGAUGGCAAAAGUGAUCCUAAAGAUGAUCCCAAGCUGGAUGCUGAGAGUAUAAAGGCAGACGAGGAUUUAGAGGAUGGCAUAGUAAAACAGGAGACGGGUCUAAAAGAAGAUGUGUUAACAGUAAAUGCUAAACCAAAAGAGGAGCGCGCAGUCGAGGAGGUUCAAUUUGAAUCUGAAACUGGCAGAAUACAACAAUUGAUAGAGGAUCGUCUAAAUUAAUUAAGCUUAUUAAAGUAAUAGUUAAACACAAAAGAAAAAAUAUAUAGAUAAAUAUAAGAAUAAGAGAGAUGAAAUAUGUAAGUAUGUUAAAAUUAAAUAAUUUCUAAAAAUGUUUUAGAGAUUCAUUAGUACUUUAUACUUUAACAGAUGUCGAAGUAGAACUGAAUUGUGCGUCAUUUGUUAAAACUUUCAGUUUCAGUAGAGUGUGUAUCAAACACAAAAAUGUCAAUAAUGAUAAUUUCAUUUAUUAUUUACAAUUGAACAAGUUUUCUACAAACGUUCAAGUGUCUCCAUGACUAUAUGAUGAAAUCUUGUUUUUAAGUCUUAGCAAAGUUUGAGACACCCAUUUUUAUUUAUUUUAAUUUAUUAAUUUGUAUAUUUAAGCCUCAAAGGUAAAUUCUAUCCACUCUAUGAAGACUUUAAUGGUAUUGUUUUCUCAGAUAUACAUAAAUCUGAUAAUAUCAUGCAGAAGCUUUGCUCUCCAUUUUUUUUUUUAUUUACAUAUACUCGUACUUGUAGCGCAUACAUAGAUGUUGUAUUAGUUACCACCAUUCAGAUUAAUAAGUACACAAUUCAAAACAUAUACAUAGAUAAAUUAGGUAUAUUAUAAUAUCCAUUUAAUGUUCAUUUGUUAUUAACACAUGUGAGCAAUUCAAAAAGCAAAAAAAGUAAUGUUUUAGUGUCACAUAGUUUUUAUGCUGAAGUUUGGAGAAAUCUAUGAGAGUAAAGUUUCCCGUAGUUCUUGUAAAAAAUUCGUCAGUCUUCUUAAAAUAAAAAAAAUUUCUACGGUGCUUUUGGUAUAUAAAAUUAAUAAUAAAAUAAAUUUAUAAACAAUUAAAGCAAGGAUUUUUUCGCUAUCAUAAGUCAUCUAAGUAUUUGUUAAGUUACUGGUAUAUUGUAAAAUGCUCUUUAUAAAAAGUUUUAACUAUUUUUUUAUUUAUAUAUUUCCAUUAUUUUAUAACCUGUUGAAAUAUAAUCCGGAUGUAUGUACGAUAAAUAUAAGAAUAAGAGAGAGCUCUAUGCACCAUUGUAUCCCACAUCUUCACCGGUAUGUACUAGAAAAACACAAUGGUUACGUGAUUUGUGAGAAGCAGAAUCUUGAGGUAGAUGCGUUAAACUGAAUAGAAACUACAAUAUUUAACAGGAAAUUUUGAAAUAUUUAUCUUAAUAUAUACAUGUAUGUACACUUACUUUAAAUUAAGAGCGUAGUUUUAAGGCCAUUAAAACCAUAUCCAAUACGCAGAACGAAUGAUCAAUACAACGAAAAUGCAAUAAAAGCUGGGCUCUUAAAUGCAAUAACUCAGAUUUGUUAGGAAAAUAAACAAAUAGUUAAAAGUGAGGAAUUUAAAUAUAUUGUUUGAGUAAGAAUAAAUCGAAACAAACAUGAAAAUUAGAGUUGACACGAAUUUAAUAAGAAAAUUAUAAAAAAUUCAGUAAUAAAACGCCGUAAAAUUA